AUGAAACUUUCCAUCGGAUUUUUUGGCCUCUCAACGGCGAUUGUCGACCCAGAGUUGGGAAAGGAGAUGAAUAUGUGCGCUGCCUCCCCUCAACUCCGAGUCAACGACGCUUCGGACUUCUCCCCCUGGCAGAAGUACAAAACUUCAACCUUGGUCCCAAACACCAUCAUCCCAUUCGUCCUCAACAGCAGCUCCCGAACCAGCAUGUGCAACGAUCACUGGGCUGGCGAAUUCUCCGACAUUGCCGCAAAACGAAGUGCCUCUGAGACCGUUCCUGACUGGGCUGGCGUGCAGUGCAACGAUUACGAAUUUGGUGCCAACGACACAAUUACUGGCUGUAACGAGUGGGAAUUGACAAUUUGCUGCGAGAGCCAGCACUUUAUUUUCGACGGAGAGAAUAACCUCGUCAACACCAACUGGAAGGGAGGAAGCCAAAUGGUCUGUUCCACGGACAGCCGUGAACCCAGCACCGACGGAUUUGUGACAGGUUGGAUUAUCAGCGAUGGAGUCAAUGGUAUGCCAGAUCAGGAUGUCAUCAGCGAAGAUGCUAUGCGCGACGAGUGCUUCUUCCAAAUGGACGGAAUCAACGCGAGAAGACGAAAGAAGCAGGCCGCUGCUUCUGGGCCAACAGAUGACGAUUUGGUCCUCCCAGGAUAUGUGACGAUUGAAUGUCAUGAAUAUGCUGAAGAUGAUGAGAAUUUCUGCGUCAAAUUCAAGACAAGCUACUGCUGUGACGCCUCACUUUUUGUUACGACCACUCCUGAAGUGCCCACAACUAUGGAACCUACCACUGAGGCGCCAAUCGAUCCAUAUGAUGUCGACAAGGACGCAGUUUGCGAAUCAGCGUUCGUUCUUGAUCGUGCCACGACUUUUAUCGAUGCUGUCAAUUUCCCUGUCACUGUCUGGGAAGCUUACUUCACCCCUUUUCAGAGUAACGAUGGUACUAACGUCAAUCUUAUGCUUGCAACUGACGAAACAAGAACGUCAAUCUGUCAGUCUUUGGAUGCAGAAGAGAACAGAUUCACCGUGGCUCGAUCUUCUCCUCCAAGCUGGUUUGGAAUCCAAACCGGACCUGACGGAACAAAAUACACAAACUACUGCUGCGAGCCAAGAAAAAUGCUCACGAAUCAUGCUGGUGAAGAACUCGACCCCCGAUGGAACACCCCUGUCGAAUCCGUCUGCGAUUCCGACUCGUCCAUUCCGACCGAGUUCAGAGAAUUCAAAUCGAGCUGGUUUGCCAUGGACCACGUCGACCAUCAACCUGUCUUUGAAGAUUUCAGCACAGACAGAAGAGCUGAGGUCUGUGACACCGCUCUCAUCCUCGGAAAAGAAGCAAGCGAAGGCCUUAUCCCUGAUUAUGUUGACGUCAAGUGCGCUUCUCGACAGACAGAUGGUGCUGGUGUAAGUCGAUGUACUAAGUUCAAGUACAGAUUCUGCUGCCCUGCGGUAAAUCCAACAACAACAACUACUACCACUACUUCAACAACCACAACUACAACUACAACUACAACCACAACCACAACGACUACUACUACUACGACAACCACGACGACGACAACAACUACAACAACAACUACUACUACAACUACCACAACCACAACUACUACCACCAGCACCACUACCACCACCACCACCACUACCACCACCACUACCACCACCACUACAACGAAAACAACAACCACGACAACCACGACCACGACCACAACCACUACAACAACAACUACGACUACGACCACGACAGAACAACCAACCACGACAGAAGAGCCAACCACACCAGAGCCAACUACGACAUCGUUCUACACAAGCUCUACAUCUGAACAAACCUCAACCACAACUGAAGAAAGUACAACUUCAACUGAUUACUCGACCACAACUACAACUUCCACAACAACCACCACAACCACUACAACAACCACCACCGAAGCCGACCUCACUUUCGGCGAAGACGCUGUCGAGGACGUUAUUGACAUCAUCGAUGAUCUCUUGAUUUCCGCCAACAUCACUGAUGUUCCAAAGAACGUUUCCAAGUCUAACAAGAACCUCAAGAAACUCGUCAAGAAAAUCACACAGCACAGUGAGAAAUUAGCCAGCAAAAAUGGCUGCACCUUUGAGGCUCCCGAUCUUGUCCCAGUUGGCGAUGCUUGCGAUGGUCUCUCGAGCUCUGAAACCAACCUUGCUUCCUGGGCCCGAGCUUUUGGCAAACACUGCGAAAAGGACAACAACAGUUUCGUCGAGCGAUUGAUCAAGAAGUACCUUACCAAGUCUUUCGAUACAAUCGGCGAAUUCGUCGGAUGCUAA